AACCAAGAACCCUUUUGUUGAUGACACAAACGAGAUCUCACAGUCUGGAUACAGCCGUGGUUCAAAAAGUUUUUCCCUCAUUACGAAAAGCUAACUGGAUCUCCUAAAACCGACCGUAAAGUUGAAAUUAAUGUUUUAGGACACCAGAUUGUACUUGUUUUCUUCUUCGCUGUUUGUCGCGAAGGCUCACGAAGUCACCGUGCAUAUGGCCUAGAGCAAGCUUGAAUUUUGGCGUCGGAAAGGUGGUGCUGAUCAGCAAUCAAUAAUCUACAAAGCGUGGCUCAUCAUCAUAAGAAAACACAUGUUGCACUCUGAAAUCUCCAUUGUGUUAAUGAAAGGCGGAUGAGGAUUCACGAGCCAAAAUUAGUUUCCACUGCAAUCUAAUCCACAAGGAACCACAAAAAUGGGUGUUAUGCGGGUUACUGGCCCGUUGAAACCGCAAGAUUCGCGAUGUGUCGUUUAUUUGGCAGACGGCCUUUUGAAAGGAAAAUACAAGAAAAACGCAGGCGGUUGUGGUGAUAAUUCCCACGAAAAGGACGUGAAUUCGGACGAUUUGGCUGAGGAAAACGAAGACAAUUUGAAACAAGCUGCAGAUUUUACAAGAGAGUGGACAGGUUCUUUGGAAGCUGGUGUAUUUAGUCCAGUAGAUAUAGAAGAAAGCAAAGAAGAUAAUAUUUCAUCUGGAUUUGAUACGAAUGCGCUUGUUUACGAGGAAGGAAACCGUUCUGGCUUUGGUGAGACAGCGAACAAAAUCGAAGAGAGUCUUGCAAAUCGAGUUAAUAAUAUUUUGAGCUCAUGUCGGACUACAGGAGGAAUAAACAGCGAGCGAUCUGCGAUAGGUUUUGAAGACCUUCAGAGAAUCGAAGGAAUCACAACUGAUAUCGAGGAGGAAAUUACUCGCAGCUAUAAGCAGAAAUCUCGAAUUAACUAUAUAGGUUUACAGUGUGAGAAAAUGAAGAGAACAACUAGGAGAAGAGUACCAGAAAUGAAAGUUCAAACUUGUGGCCGGGGAAGGCCUCGUAAGAAAUCAAAUGGGAAGAGAGGUGGCAGCGCCUGUGAUAAACAGUCACAGGAUGGGGGUGAUGGGGGCGAUGGCAGAUCUAACCGGGGUAGACAACAGAGAGGUGGUGGCCAAGGAAAUGGUUGUGGAGGGGGGAGAAGGCGAAGGGACGACGAUGAUAGAGAUGAUGAUAAUGAUGACGUAGAGGAUGACUUUGAUGAUAACAAUGAAGAUGACGAGGAAGAAGAAGAUGAACAAACAGGAACGGAAUCUGUAGCCGAUGAAACGGAGUUAAGUCCGGAGCAAGAAGCAGAAAUGGCCCAGGAGCUGCUUUCCCUCAUCCCACCAAAGAAUAUGAAUUGUGACCCCCCUGAAAAACCUGCCAAGCCAGGCACGGCUGUAAAUAUCCAUGGCGUUGUGCUGCAUGAAACAACCGGGGGGCUGGUGGUAUUAAAUGUCAGAUGGCGAAACAAGAUAUAUUCUGGUGCGCUGAUUGACGUCAGAAAGAGCAGAUGGGCGUCUGAAAGGAUAAAGCCGGACCCCUUUCCCGAAGGUGCAAAUCCAAAACCGGCCGACCUCAUCAAAAUGAACGGUAAGCGUAAGGGCAAGAAGUCAAGAUCGCCGGAAUUAGCCGAAAAAGAAGGCAAAGAAGGCGUAGACCUGAAUGGUGAACAGACAUUCAAGGAGCCAACUGGCGUUCCACUUGCCUUUAAAAGACCUUCAGAUGGGACGGAAAAUUCCGACACUGGUGUUAAGAAGAAAGCACGCCUCUCUCCACCGAUGAUUGAGUGCCCGGAACCGAAUUGUGGAAAGAAAUAUAGUCAUAAAAAUGGUCUCAAAUACCACCAAGCGCAUGCCCACCAGAAUAAGUCGGAAUCAGAGGACAUCAAGCCAGCGGUGACAAUCAGCACACAAAGAGCAUCAGCAUCCGACUCAGAGCCCACAUCAACAACAGUAAUGGCUCAACAGAAACCGUUGGUCGAUCAAAAACCUCUAAUUGGGCAGUUUGCAGACAUCAAAGGAAAACCAGUACUUGCACCAACAACCGAAAGCUGUAUGCCUGCCAUUACACCAAGCACAUUGCAAAUCGUUGCAUUGACUAAGGCUGGGGCGGAUUUAACCAAAACAGGCCUUAACCCCGUGGUUACCAUAAAGACGGAGGAAGAGAGUGCCGUUGACUCGAUCAGAGAUGUCAAAUUUGAAGAAUCUGAGAAAGUCAAGGAGGCUGUGCAAGAAGUGCCAAAGAUCAUGCUUGAGUCAUCAUCAGGUGAUGAGCCAACAGAGUUGACAGGGGUAAGUGAAGCGAACAGAAUGGAAAUGGCACGGCCCGAGUCUUUGUUUUCUGUUGGAAGCCAAGCAGGACUCGCCCCCUUUACUUCAAGAGUCAAUUACGCCCAGUUCAGCCCCACUUUAAACCCACUUAAUCCUCAAACUCUGAACAAUAGCCUAAGUAAUGCUCUGCAGACAGCCUCAUCAAAGUCUGGUGAGAAGUUCGAAUCGGAGCAAGAUAAGCGGUCUAAAGAAAGUGCAGACCUUGAAAGUAGCGAAUCUAGGGACGAAGUGCGUGCAAAGAUGCGCCUUGAGGAUAUCGCGCCAGAUUCAAUAGAUGCCAGUCUUCGUCGUUUUGUGUUCAGCAAAGAUGUGAAAAGUGAAGAUAUGGUACCUUCCUCGCCAGAUGAACCAGAUGCAACAGUUGAGCUGCUGCCCGGGAGCUUAGGACCGCAUUUGUUUCCAAAGGACACCAAGCCAGCUUUUGCUUUGCAACAGGCGUCCUCCCCCGGGCUCGCUGGUGACCAGUCUAGUUUCCAGGCUUCCCAUUUUUCAGUUUCACUCUACAACCAGCUUCGUCAAGGUCAUGCUUCUAGGUUGCUAAUGGGCGUAGAUUCUGUGACAGGAGACCUUGCCGAACCGUCUGAUAUUCAAAGAGCUAUAGAUCAGGUUGAUGUGCGACGCCAUGUCUCACCAAUUUUACUCAACUACCUCAACACAGGAUCAAGAGCUCGAGACAGUGCUGCCGAAGGCGAGGCAAACAAUGACGAGGUUUCCACAAGUGUCAAAUUGGAUGCCAAUGGAAGGCCAGUAAAGAAAGUCGAGGGUAAAGAAGCCUCUAGUCCUAGUUCGACGUCAUUGCUACCAAUUGGAGCAGGGGGACGAGUAGAUCAAAACCAGGCCCGCAGAGAUCGUGCUCAAGGAAAUACAAUCCAAAAACCGGAAUUUCUACAGCCUAACAUAAGUGCUGGUAGGCCCAUUGUAAAGCCAGCCUCCAAACCAGAGAGCAUUACAGGGGGCCUGAAGAUAGGGGGCAACGGAGCAAGCCGAUUUGGGCAGCAUGGGCAAUUUGCCGCUGAAAAGCAAGGUGAAGAUUGUAACCAAGAGAGCCAGUCUACAGGCGAAAGAGCUGUCACCCCAAAAAACCUUUCUCCGACAUCAUACGUCGACAAACAGAUGAUAGAAGCAAAAACUUGGGUGCCAAAGGAGGUCUAUUGGCAGCCUCCACAAAAGAAAACAAUAGGGCAGGAUAGACCUCAGUUUUCCCCGGGGAAGGAAAAAACUGGGAAGGACCAAGGUGCAACUGUGAGAAUGGGAUCGGAGGCAGACAAGAAAGUGGGAAGCCCAUACGACCAUGGAGCCGUUGCUGCGGAGUACAUGAAGAAGAUAGAGCAUGGUACGAGUCCGAGUCCGGUCGGGAAAAAGAAUAAACCGAAUCCUACGACACCAGUUCCUUAUCCAAGCACGGUUAUGACACCUUCAAGCUCGGAAACUGAUAGGAUAAAGCAACUUGAUCCUCAGCAAGAUAAUAGCCAAGACGUUCCAGAAAUAUCCCGCUUUACUUUAACAGGUGGCAGAUCAGUACCUAGCCCAGCGGAAUGCCGCGGGCGCCCUCGGAAAAUCCGCGUUGAGAAAACACAGCAGAUUCCAGUCGGAAGUGCAAAGGAUAUUGAAGGGUCACGUGGUGCUCCUGAGCACGGUUCGCGCAAACAGACAACAACUUGCAGUUACACACGUACAAGCGUAAUACAUUCAAUGAGUACUCCUCCAGAGGAGCUGCGAACUGUCACAUCUGUGAAGGAAGAGUACGUAUCUCCUGAUGGCAAAAGGAAAAGUCCCGCUGUACAGCAUGACCGGCUGGCCUAUGAGAAGAAAAUGAAGCAGGAUUUCAGAAAAGCGGAAGCCAAUCGAAUAUUUGAGGCUGAACGCGAGAAACUGAAGACUCGGCAUGUUGAAAGCCACUACGCAAAUGAAGUCAGAAACAUGCAGAUGAGGGCGCAGGAGCUGCAAGCACUUCCAAAAGGCGAGUUAGCCUUACGGGGCUCUGCAUCCCCCAGUUCAAGAUUUCCAGGCAUGUCUGCUUCGGCAUUGGACAAGGCUGAUCGACAUUCCAGGGAUAGGAUGGACACCAAGAGCAUUCCAGUGUCACCAGCAUAUGGCCAGGGUACGUCAUAUCCCUCUCAUCCAGCAUCUGAAAUCGAGAAGUUCCGACCUGAAUACCCACAGCAUGAUUUUCACAGGACACCAUUUGCUGGCUCUCUCCCUCCAGUAGAAGGCUAUCUGGGGAUGUCCACCUCGUAUGCUGGCAGUAGCUAUUAUGGUCAGCGGGUGGGGAUGUCCCAGGCAGAUGCAUUGGCGCAACAACGUUUUGAACAGUUGAUAUCGAAUUCUAUGGAACAGGAAAAGGCUUUUGCUAAAUAUUCGGCAGAGAAGAAUGAGCAGGCUUUAAAGCUAGCUGGAGAGCAAGGCAAACACCCACACGCAGAUAGGAUGAGACCGUCAAGCCGUGAUGGGCAUAGUCACCGACCUACGUUUUACCCAUCGCCACUAGGAUUCCAAACUAGGGAGCCAAGCAACCCAUCACGUAGCCCCAAAGGAAGCCCGUUAAGUUACAGACUUGGAGAUAUGCUGGCAGCCUCGAGAGGCCAACGACUCGAAAGCGAAAUUAUCCCCAAAGAUUCAAAAGCAGGGAUGGGCGAUGGUCGACGAGACAUACGCCGAGAAUUUGGCCACCCUUAUGGACCCCAGUUCUUUCAGCCCUCAUACCAAUAUUCAGGACUCACGUCCAAUAAACCUUUCUCACAAAGGAUGAGUGAGCAGCGAAGCCCAUAUAAACACCCGUCUGAGAUGGAGAAGGGGCGAUACCCAUCACACUCAAGCAGCCAAGCACAUAGCGGUCCAGGAGGUAUGCUGUCUGCGAACCUCGUGUUGACUAAAGCGGAUAGCCUUGGCUACGGAUCGGUUCAUUAUGACAGUCGAAAUCCCGAUAAAAAAUGAAAAUCCUCUCGAAAUGCGAUUCUUUGGAUUUCUCCUUAAGCAUUUUACAAUGACAAGCUAAAUUGGUGACAUCAUUUGAGUAGAAUUUUUUGGCUCGCCUUUUUGACAUAUAGAGCACCUCGUUCUACUAGGAGAUCUCACCAUUAUCGAAUGUAUUAUUUGAAUCUUAACUUCGCAAAGGUUUCUAAAUGUAACCCUGUAAUGUUGCCGCUAGAGAGACCUAGAAAAUCGAGUCCUAUGCGACGUAUCAAAUGCGACGCUAAAUGUUUUCCCCUCCUACCGACAAAUCGUCGAAACCUUUACUGACAAAUGUGCUAUGUGUUCCUCUGUUGCGGUAACAAGAUUUUUUUCUCUUGUCAUUUGUGACAGCAAAAGUGUCAGUUUUCAAGACAGGGCAGCAAUGCGAGAUUCUAUUCUGAAGAGAUGCAUUGCGAGAUUCCACGCCACACGAGUGUAUUGCGAGAAUCCACGCUACACGGAUGCAUUGCGAGAUUCCACGGUACACGGAUGCAUUGUGAAGACGAUAUCUUUUAGCUUACAGCGGUUUUGUUUUGUUUUGUUUGGUAUAUUGAGAAACGAUUUUGUAAUUAUUGUGCAAGUAGGUUGAAUCAGCUGGAGUAAAAAUUGUAAUGAAUUUGUGUAAACAUGAUUACUUGCAGUGGCAGACACCAGGGGGGCCAGGGGGUAGACCGCCCACCAAUACUUUAGAGGACAAUGGUCUUUUGUUCUAAACAAUGGGAAAUGUGACGCCAUCUUAUUAAAACAAUAGGCUUGCCCCCCAUAUUUGAUCAAAUGUCUGCCCCUGGUAACUGGCCAUUGAAGUACGAUUUUAAAUACUUUUUCACUUAUCCAGAAAGAAUCAUUAAACCUUCCUGCCGUUAUGCCAUUAAACUGUUUGGCAUGAUAUCCUGCUAUAUUUGAAUAGGGCUUGACCUGUGUUAAGAAAUAACUGGAAAUUUAUAAAUUCAUAAAUUCUGGUCAUUUUCAUGAAUAUUCAUGUUGUGUAUUCACACGAUAUAUAAUUUUAAUACACGAGUUUCCACUCUAAGAGCUUGCACCCUUGAUCCUAGGACUUAAGAUUUCUACCAAUGCAAAUAAUUAAAUUCAAGUUUGUCAGUAUUGUUUUUUGGAUGUUGUUUUAAAAAUGCUGAUUGUUGGCUGAAAUGUCACAAAUGUAAAUACUACUUUUCCAUAAAAAGAAAACAUUGUGGGUUCUGCUUGAGACAGAAUGCUGGAGCUAUGUUGAGACGACCGGUUAAGUUCGUCGAGAGAAUUUGCAGUUGUUUUAACCAAUGAAUAAACUUAGCAUCUACUGAGCGCAUUUCAAUUUGUAAAUACCGUUUACCGCCCAACCAUCUAUAAUAAAAGACGACAACAAUUUUGUUUCAUUUAGCUGGAGGUGUGUUGUCCUGGUUUUGUUAAUUUUUACUCAAAUUAUUGAAAAUAUGUGCGUUAAAGGCCUCGUGUAAUUUUUGCUUUUAUGUUUUCUUAGUUUUAUUAACUUCAAGAAGUGAAUUUCGAAAUUGGGAAAUAAA